AUGGCCAACCACAUCCUCGACGAUGUCGUCGUCAAGAGCCCCUCGGUCAAAUGGGACGACAUUGUCGGUCUGUCCGUCGCCAAGCAGGCGCUGCGCGAGAUUGUCAUUCUGCCGACUCUGCGGCCUGAGCUCUUCACCGGCCUGCGGUCUCCAGCCCGUGGCGUCCUGCUCUUUGGCCCGCCGGGCACUGGCAAGACCAUGCUCGCAAAGGCCGUCGCUCACGAGUCCAAGGCGACCUUUUUUGCCAUCAGUGCUUCGUCGCUCACAUCCAAAUAUGUUGGAGAAGGCGAGAAGAUGGUCCGCACUCUCUUCGCUCUGGCCCGGGAGAUGCAGCCAUCGGUGAUCUUCAUCGACGAAAUCGACUCGAUCCUGACGGAGCGCACCGAGAACGAGCAUGAAGCAUCGAGACGGCUCAAAACCGAAUUCCUCCUCCAGUUCGAUGGCCUCGGAAGCUCGAGCGAAGACAGGCUGCUCGUCCUUGGGGCCACCAACCGACCCGCAGAGCUGGACGAAGCUGCGCUGCGUAGACUCGUCAAGCGGAUCUACAUCCCCUUGCCCGAAGAUGUGACCCGCAAGACUCUUCUUGAGCAUCUCAUCGGCAGCCACAAGACCCAGCUGAGCAUCAGGGACAUUGAGUGGAUUGUCAAAUCAACCGAGGGCUAUUCCGGCAGCGAUAUCACCGCACUUGCACGCGAGGCCUCGCUCGGCCCGAUUCGCGAGCUGGGCGAGCGCAUCAUCACCACCAGCAUCCAAGAUAUCCGACCGAUCCAGCUCAUUGACUUCAAAAAUGCCCUGGGCACGAUCCGCCGCAGUGUCGGCGCAGACUCGAUCCAAGCCUACGACGCCUGGAACCAUAAAUACGGGACUGCCGGCUGCUGA